CCCCGCCCAUUAGACGUCAGCCCCGGAUGCUGUUUUGCUUUCGAAGUGUCUUCCAACUCGCUGUCACUCUCGUCACAGCAUGUUUUCUUCCAUCGUCAACGUUUGCCUCCUGCUGGGGGUCUUGUCCUCCUGCUGGGGGAACCGGCAGGAAACCUGGGUCGACGAGGAGCUCCCCCGGGACACACAGCCUUCCAAAUGGGGGUCGUUGUGGCCGCUACCCCAGCGAGUGGACAUCUUUGACGCGUCGUUCAAGUUAGCGGCCGCCAGCUUUCAAAUCUUCGACGGCAAUUUGUCGUCGGCGGGGCCGAGCUGUAACCUCCUGCAGAACGCCUACAGAAGGUACUACAAGUACAUGUUUGGUGGGGCUAAAUCCAAACGGCCACACAGACAAGGCAACUUUCCAGAACUGAUGGGUCUGCAGGUGUUGAUCACAGACCCAAACCCGGAGUGUGACCAGUACCCCAGUGUUUCGUCCGAUGAGUCAUAUGAACUGUUGGUGGACCAGCCCUUUGCAAUCCUGAAGGCACCAAAAGUCUGGGGCGCCUUGCAUGGUCUGGAAACUUUCAGCCAGUUGGUUUAUGAAGAUGAAUUUGGGGCUAAAAGUGUCAAUAGGACCGAAAUCAGUGACUUCCCCCGAUUUGCUCACCGCGGCAUCUUAUUGGACACCUCGCGACACUUCCUACCUGUCAAAGUCCUUCUGACCAAUCUGGAAACAAUGGCAAUGAACAAGUUUAACGUCUUCCACUGGCACAUCGUAGACGAUCAAUCCUUUCCCUACAUGAGCCGAACAUUCCCGGACCUCAGCCAGAAGGGGGCGUACCACCCGUACACUCACGUGUACACCCCGUCCGACGUGAAGAUGAUCGUGGAAUUCGCUCGCCUGCGAGGCAUCCGCGUCAUCCCGGAAUUCGACACUCCGGGCCACACGCAGUCCUGGGGCAAAGGACAGGCGGAUCUACUGACACCUUGCUUUGCCGGCGCCGGACCGUCUGGUACCUUUGGCCCGGUCAACCCCAUCCUCAACACAAGCUACAACUUCAUGAGCCGCCUUUUCCAGGAGGUCGCCGCCGUCUUCCCGGACGACUACGUUCACCUGGGAGGUGACGAGGUGGACUUCACCUGCUGGAAGUCUAACCCUGACAUCCAGAAGUUCAUGGAGCAGCAAGGCUUCGGGAAAAACUACAGCAAGCUGGAGUCCUUCUAUAUUCAACGACUUUUGGACAUUGUGACGGCCACCAAGAAGGGCUACAUCAUCUGGCAGGAGGUCUUUGACAAUGGCGUGAAGCUGAAGGCCGACACACUCAUCCACGUGUGGAAAGGCAGCGAGCAGCAAUACCAGAAUGAGAUGGCCAACGUCACGGCGGCGGGUUACCGGACCCUACUGUCCACCCCCUGGUACCUGAACCGUAUCUCCUACGGCCAGGACUGGCAGGGCCAUUACAAGGCCGACCCGCAGGACUUUCAGGGAACCGAGGCGCAGAAGAAGCUGGUGAUGGGCGGAGAAGCCUGCAUGUGGGGGGAGUACGUGGACGCCACCAACCUCACGCCGCGACUCUGGCCUCGCGCCAGCGCCGUGGCCGAGCGCCUGUGGAGCGCCAAGGACGUGACGGACGUCAACGACGCGUACGCCAGGCUGUCCUCGCACCGCUGCCGCCUGCUCGAACGCGGGAUCGCCGCCGAGCCGUUGUUCUCCAGCUACUGCCCCCACGAGUUCAAGGGAAUCUGAGGAGGAAGAAAAGGAGGAAUCAAGUGUGCCAGCGCUGAAAGAAGGCACCUUUUUUUUUUUUUUAACGCACGCACACACACAAACACGCUCUGAUCAAUGCACUCUUUUAUCUUUGUAAGACUGACUGUGAAUAUAAAUGCUGAUCAAUUGA